UUCCUUUCGGCUGCGAGCGGCGUCAAGAUGGCGGUGCAGAUCUCUAAGAAGAGAAAGUUCGUAGCCGAUGGCAUCUUCAAAGCCGAGCUGAACGAGUUCCUGACCCGCGAGCUGGCUGAAGAUGGCUACUCCGGAGUGGAGGUCCGAGUGACGCCAACCAGGACAGAAAUCAUUAUUUUAGCCACCAGGACGCAGAACGUGCUUGGCGAGAAGGGCCGGCGAAUCCGGGAGUUGACCGCGGUUGUGCAGAAGCGGUUUGGCUUCCCCGAGGGCAGUGUGGAGCUGUAUGCUGAAAAGGUGGCCACGAGAGGCCUGUGUGCCAUUGCCCAGGCAGAAUCCCUGCGCUACAAACUCCUGGGAGGGCUUGCUGUGCGGAGGGCCUGCUAUGGUGUGCUGCGAUUCAUCAUGGAGAGCGGAGCCAAGGGCUGUGAGGUUGUGGUCUCUGGGAAGCUCCGAGGACAAAGGGCCAAGUCCAUGAAGUUUGUGGAUGGCCUGAUGAUCCACAGUGGGGACCCCGUGAACUACUAUGUCGACACAGCUGUUCGCCACGUGCUACUCAGACAGGGUGUGCUGGGCAUCAAAGUGAAGAUCAUGCUGCCCUGGGACCCAAGUGGCAAGAUUGGUCCUAAGAAGCCCCUGCCUGACCACGUGAGCAUUGUGGAACCCAAAGAUGAGAUCCUGCCCACCACCCCCAUCUCAGAGCAGAAGGGUGGGAAGCCAGAGCCGCCUGCUAUGCCCCAGCCAGUCCCCACAGCUUAACAGGGUCUCCUUGGCAGCUGUAUGGCGUUUGGAUGAUACUUUGUAACAGAUCUUUAAUAAAGUCUUGCACAAAGACAAAA